AUGAAGACAGCAAAACCACCUCCUGCCGACAUUACGUCCGGUCGCAGGGCCCAGCCUUUACGCCAGACUCGCAACAACCCACCGAGAUCUUCGAUAGGAAGCGCUCGACCCUUCGGUGCUCGCGGCUCUCUGGGGGCGCUCGACGGCCCUCCCAGCCCCGAACCUAUCGAAAUCUUCCCCGCGAUUACACACUUCGCAGAUGUUAUAACGGCUCUGCCAAAGGAGCUUGUGCGACACUUUACACUGCUUAAAGAAGUCGAUGCGAAGAUCUUUGCACCAGAGGAGGAGCUCGGCCGUCUCGUUGACGCGGCGCUAAAAGCCCCUCUGCCAGAACGGAGGCAAACCGCCGACAUGCCUCAUCCUCUCGGCCCUACCUCUACUCCUAUGAGUACGCAAGGGAGUCUCAAUGGCUCUAUUGUAAAUGGUCACGGUAUGUAUGCCUCGUAUGGACCCGAUGCCGUCGACAAUUCGGCGGUGACGCCCUGGGACCCUGCCAAUGUCCCUCGUCGUAAACUAUUCCAACACUGCGCGUAUACGAUGCAGAAUAUGCUCGUAUCUCUCGACGAGAAGAACCAUGUCAUAUCCACAGCUGCCGAAGCUCUCAACAGACAGCUCGCCCGCAUCGACGACUGCUUCCCCUACGUCGAACUCGAGGUCAGCGAAGAGGCCCGAUACGGCAGCGUUACACAUUGGGCAUACCCGGAGAAUCGUGUGGGUAAAAGCGCUGGAGGUUCGCGGAGAGACCCUGCUUCGGGCAAUAAUGCAUCAGCAGCGGCACAACACCUUGUCGAGGAAGCGGCCGCGAGAAGCGACGCGAGAAAGCAGGCGCUGCUGGCAAAGAAGGGAAAUAAGAACCAUGCGGAAUUGGAUUUCGACAGUCAUCACGAUGCGAGACAUAAGGAUUCGAGCAAGAAGGCUCACGGAAACAGCAAGGUUCGAAAGGCGGCCGAUGCGUCGCCGGUUGGGUUGGGGAUAACGAACGGUACUGGACCAAAUGGAAACCCUCCCAAGCGUCGAAAAGUUGGCUCUGAGCGAGCUCUGAACGGCGUAUUUGGUAAUAAUAGCACGGCAACGAAGAAAGCGGCGAGCCCAGCAGAGACUCCCCCAGGAGAUGGCCCGAAGAAACGACAAAGGGGAGCCGCUACUACAACAACGAAUGGGCACUCCAGGAAGAGAAACAACACAGUUUCCACGAUAGCGAUGUCUCCAUCCAUAGCCUCGUCCCCAGUACGAAGUACAUUUCCGGAGACAAAAACACCAGGCCGAACCUCUCCGCCUCCUACAAAUGGCACAAGGCCAGCGGCAUCAAGAGGACGGCAAAAUUCGACGGCUUCAGGCGCAGAGAAACGCCCGUCCCCUUCAGAACCGAGCAAGCAGAGCGGCAGUGCGGUAGGCACGCCGGACCUUGAAGCGGCAGCGAGCGUCACUGGACGAAGUAUACCCGAGGUGAAAACCUCAAUGAAAGAAACAGGCGCCAACUCGAAAGGAGAACACCUACUCGAGGAUGCCGACAAAGAAGAACCUGAGAUGGUCGGUGGCAUCUCAGUCGGCGAGCGAAGAAAUAGCACCAUGAAACGAGAGGAGUCGGAAGUCAACGGAGAUGCCAUGCAAGGCAUACAAGCUACAACCAUAACAACCAAGAGUGGACGCGCAAGCAAGCCUUCCACACCCGCCAUCCCACAAUUCCCUGAUCCAAUCCGCUCACGCCCUUCGCGCAACGCGUUAGAAACAGCUUCAAAUAAUAAGCGGAGCCAUAAGAAAGGGGCUGGAGCUGCAGCUCAGCAACUUAUGGCUCAGCAACAUCAAGUCCCCGAAGCCGAUGAGGGCAGUAGUAUGCAAGGUGAUGAUGAUGAUGUGGAGAUCGAUGCAGACGAGCCAACCUAUUGCUAUUGUAAUGGGGUCAGUUAUGGUGAGAUGGUUGGAUGCGAUGCCGAUGGCUGUGAGAGGGAAUGGUUCCAUCUUGAGUGUGUCGGUUUGAAGGUGGCGCCUAGGGGUAAUGCGAAAUGGUACUGUGACGAUUGCAAGGAGAAGUUGAAGACGAAGCGCUUUAACGGUCGAUAG